GCUGUCUCCCCCUCCCCCCUUCCUCUUCUUACUAGACUAUCCUCCCAAGUCUCAACUCCUCACCUACAAACUCCACCACCAGAUUAAUUUCUCUCUUCUGACCACCGUCGGUGGCUACCGUCCCAUCUCCCGCCUGCCUCCACCUCCCUAUCAUGGAAAUUUCACUGUCCUGACCUCCUCAAUUGCUGCCCCCCUCCCCCCCCACGUAUCGCGCGUGUAUUCAGCCUCUUGUAUCAAUCGGAAUUUCCAAUCUGGAAACCAACUGGUCUUACAUAGUUUCGGCCCCCCCCCAGGUGGUCGGGUCUAAAAUAUGUCGUCCUCCAGACGCAAUAGCGAAACUUACGAAGGAGAAUCCUUUGAUGAUGCACCUGAAUCUCCGACUUCACACGCUGGCCUCAGUGUCUCCAUCCCCCAGAGUUCCUCCUCGCGAUCGUUGACCGACAGCCCCCCGAGCGGAUCGAACCUCACACCUCAAUUAACGGAAGCACCCCCUUUGCCUACGAGUUCUCAGGAGACAACAGAGACCGUCGAAGAGAGCGAUGUCGCCAGUAUAGACAGACAAUCCGAAACGGAGGAUACCCCUCGCAAGAACAAAAAAUCACCAUUGCUGACCGCGCAUCGGUUGUCGACUACUUCUCUCGACGAAGUAAACCUUACCAGCAACAAGGAGGAGGAAGAGUCACUCGAGAACCAGCGCUUGAGCCAGGAGCUCAAAUCUGGCACACCUCCACCACUUGUCUCUAGAGACUCACUUUCGUCGCAGAGCUCGCGCCUGCAGGGCUCAUCUAACGGCCCUCCCAAUGCGGCUCCCGCAAACAAAGCGGCCGCUCCUGCACCACCCCCGCCGCCAACACGUUCGUUCACCAGUCCGUUUGCCUGGCUUUCUCGGAGCUCAUCCUCCAACAAGGAGGUUAAGUCACCACCACCACCACCACAGCCGCGCCGGAACACGGCUGCAUCGAUCUCUACCCUCUCCAGCAACCCUGACCCUGCUGGUCGACACCAUGACGGAGAAGAUCCGGACGGCACAGGCUCCAAAAAACCUCGACGAAGCAGUCUGAAGGAUCAAUUCAAACAGCUCAGACUGCGAGACGAAGGUCUCAUAUCGGAGAACGACGAAGCAAGCGUCGCGUCAGGACGGGCCAGCAUCAGUCACUCCGCAGGAAGCCCUCCGAGCAUCCCGGAAGAAGGCGAAAGCUAUACAAGCGUCACCCCAUCCGCAGCAUCGCCCUCCAAUGGAGCAUCGACCGUUAAUCCGAAUCUGCCUCCGGGUACAGUUGCAGGCUUCUCAGCCUCAGCGACGGACGCGUCCGCACCGGUAGAUUGGGAGCUCUGGCAGCAAUUGGUCAAUCGCGGUCCACACGCGCUGAAAGGAACGAACUCGGAGGAGCUUAAUGCCGCUAUCAAACGAGGAAUCCCGCAAACCAUUCGAGGAGUGAUUUGGCAAGUCCUGGCUGACAGCCGCAAUCCUGAGCUGGAAGAGGUGUAUCGGGAACUUAUUGCCCGUGGUACAGACAAGGAGAAGCAGCGAGCGGUCAAUGGCACGGCCAAUGGAACAGGCGAAAAAGACUCCGCGAGGUCGUCCUCUCGCUCGUCAGUCCGCUCAGAGCGGUCCGCCUCUGUGGCGCACUCGAUUAACGGCUCUUCGAGCCCUUCGCAUGAGCUCGAUUCCGAACGGCUGGCCAAGGAACAAGCAAAGAAAGCGAAGGAGGAGGCGUUGGCGCUACAAAGGCUAGAGAAAACGAUCCGACGUGACUUGGGCGCUCGCACGAGUUAUUCCCGCUACUUUGUUUCUCAAGGGAACCAGGAAGCCUUGUUCGGACUGUGCAAGGCGUAUGCCCUGUACGAUGAGGGUGUGGGAUAUGCCCAGGGAAUGAACUUCAUCGUCAUGCCCCUGCUCUUCAACAUGGAUGAAGCGGAGGCAUUCACACUUCUUGUCAAGCUGAUGAACCAAUACGGCUUGCGGGAGAUGUUCAUCCAGGAGAUGCCGGGUCUUCACCGCUGCUUGUAUCUCUUUGAGCGUCUACUGGAGGACUUUGAGCCGGCUCUCUACUGUCACCUCCGGCGACGCGGCGUGCCUCCACAACUGUAUGCAACGCAGUGGUUCCUCACCCUCUUUGCCUACCGAUUCCCCUUGCAAUUAGUCCUUCGUGUGUACGAUCUCAUUUUUGAUGAAGGCCUCGAGAAUGCUAUUCUCAAAUUUGCUCUUGCCAUCAUGCGCCGAAACGCCGACACGUUGCUGGAAAUGAAAGACAUGGCGCCCUUGACCACGUUCUUGAAAGAGCGGCUGUUCGACGUUUACAUCGACAGGCAACCGACUCCGUCCUCGAUCCUAGAGUCGGGAUUCUUUGGAAGCUCGGGGGCUGCCGACAAGGAAGUCUAUCGCGCGGAUAUCAUGGUACAGGACGCUUGCGCCGUCCCUCUCGAGCCCGAGACGCUCAGUGCGUAUACGGCUGAGUGGGAGGACAAGGUGCGGACGGAGAAGGAGCGCGAAGCGGAGCUUGAGAACCUCAAGCACACUGUGGCUAUUCAAAGUGCCCGGAUCCGCCUGCUGGAGGAGCAAAACGAAGCUUCGGACAAGGAGCACGUUCAGCUCGCGUCGGAACUGGUUCACAUCAAAGUCGAGAACGAGGAGUUGACAGAUAUCAAUGAUGCAUUGAAGAUGCAAGUCAAAGAGCUGAAGAUCGUGGUGGACAAGCAGCCGGCGGAGGUGGAGGAGAAGCUGCGCACCGAGAUGGACCGCAUCAUGCAGCGCAACCUGGAGGUUCAGAAUGAGAACCGGUCGAUGGUCGAGCAGAUGGCAGAGAUGGAGAAGGAGCUGGUGGAGGCCAAGAUGAAAUGGGCCGAGAUUCACGAAAAUCACGAAAACCUCAAGCAGAAAUGGAGUGACCUCCGCAAGGCUCUUGAUUAAAAGCCGCGGGGGUUUGUAUAAUCUGACCAAGCAUUUAGCGAUGAAUGGGUGGGUCGCCUGGCUUCGCUGCUAUUUUUCUUCAUACUCUUCCUCGUUCGGGCUCCUUGACGGCAUUUUUGAGCCAUGUUGUACUGUACAUUUUAAGCGGCUGGCAGGGAGAGGGGGAAAGAACUCUUGGGUACCUUUGUACUUUUAAUCCCAGGGGAUGAAGGGCGAGGAAGUCAUGUUAACUGUUUCAUGUUUAUGUUUUGUUUUUUUCUUUUCGUGUGCUCGAGUACAGCAGCGAACUCACCCGGGGGCAUUCAGCUAUGAUUGAUUGAUCCAGCAACAUGCAUGCAUGCAUACAUACAA